ACAUAUUUGUAAUUACUUUUGUGUGCUUAUUUUUUGGUGUGCUUAUUUUUUGGUGUCUCCGUUCUAGUAUGUUUUUUUUUUUUUUUUUUGGUUAAAUUAACCCUUGAAAUUAAUCCAUAAAAAAUUAAAAUAAAAAAGUUCCCCUUCAUUAAAUGUGAAUAAAAACCACGCGAAGCUGUCAUUUUUCCUCCCGCCCAUUAUCUUCUUCACUCAGGAUCUAUAAUGUCUCUCACAUUGACAAUGUCUCAUCUCUCUUACCAUACUACAACUCGACUCUCACAUCGCCUAGGUUUCAGUGAAUUGUACCCAGAAAUAAUCAUUCCCAAAGUUCCCAAACCCUCAUACUCGCAGAAGAUACUCAAGAAAUUCUCUUUCGAUCGUUGUCUUCGACUCUGCUCUGCGAACCACAAUGCUUGUGGCAUGCCAGAUGCUCACAACAGCUUUGGAGACAAUGAAGGUUCAAUGGAGGAGAAUGAAACUAGUCAAGGAAAAUUGCCCACUUUCAACGAGAUCUUGAAGAGAUUGAGGAGAUAUGGAAUAUCUGGAAUAUUAUCUUAUGGGCUACUGAAUACUGCUUACUAUCUUACAACAUUUCUCUUGGUGUGGUUUUAUGUUGCUCCAGCACCAGGAAAAAUGGGUUAUUUUGCAGCGGUGGAAAGAUUUCUCAAAAUAAUGGCUAUGGUGUGGGCUGGAAGCCAAGUUACUAAGCUUGCUAGAGCUGGCGGGGCUCUAGCACUUGCACCUUUUGUGGACAGAGGAUUGUCAUGGUUUGCUGUCAAAUUUAACUUCCAAUCACAGGGGAAGGCUUUUAUGGUGGUGGUUGGAUUUUGUUUUGGGGUGGCUAUCAUGUUGUUUUUGGUUGUGACAUUGCUGUGGGCAUAAAGCUAUUUCUGUUUGUUCCUCACUUUGCUAGGUGGUGGAAGAGGCUUCUCUUGUGAUAUUUCCGUUUUUAUUUAUUUAUUUUUUCUCUCGAAAUAAUAACCGUUUUCAUGCCUUGAAUUGUUAAUUGGCUCUCCACAUGUUAUGAGUUUUCUGAAUAUUGCAGUUCCUUUUGUUCUACAAUUGUCUCUUAUAUAAAACAUAAGAGAAAAAGAGCAAGGGGCACUGUAUCAGUGCUCGGAUGUGGUAAAAAGUAGGCAAGGGUUUCCGCAUUUUUCGAACAUGGGUAGAGUUGGUAAAGAAUGAUAUGAUAACACGUGGUGUGGCCGAUGCUAUGGCCUUAGAUAGAGCGGAACAGAAGAAUUGGAUUCAUACAGCCGACCCUAGUAGUUGUAGAAAGGCUUUGUUUGUUUAUUGUAUAAAACAUAAGAGAGGAGAAUUAGUUUCGAUACUGAUGUUACUCAUAUAUAUGAAAUGAAUCUGAGAAUUUGUUGGUUGGA